AUGAAGCUGCUUCUUUGGGUUUGCAUCCUGUGCAUUGCUUUUGCAAGGAAGAAGUGUUUUCCCUUCAAUAAGGAUGUCAGUAGCUAUGGCUACCCACUUAAUCCAUCUCUGGAUAUUCCUUAUGGCUCACCAAAUGAUGAUUUCCCAACUCGUCGUUUGCCUACUCUUUCCUAUCCUCAAAUGAAUAGUGGAAUGAAUAGUGGCCCCAAAUACCCUGUAGCUGACUCUGAAUCAGGGCAAUCUCCAUAUCCUUGGGUUCAGUCUGCUUCUGGCUCUCCCUAUGUUAUGUCUGCAGCAUCUGCAGAACCAGCUAGUCUAUCUUUUGAAUCUGAGUCAGCUGCAGUUACAUCUAUGCCUGUAGCAGCUGAGCCUGCUGCAGAGUCACUUUCUUCAGAGUUGACUGCAGAUCCUCUUUCUUCAGUUGACCCCGGUGAAGUCACAGAUGCCCUGACUGCUGCAGCCAAACAUGCUGCCUCCCAGUCUGCUGCAGUUAAAUAUGUUGCAUCCCGGCCUGCUGAUGUCCCGUCGACUGCAACUGAACUUACUGGUGCAGAUAUGCCUGACACCCAGUCAGCCUCAGCCAAAUCUGAUGCAGCUGAACAUGCUGUAGGCCAUUCUGCUUCAGUCAAACCUGGUGGUAAUAAGCCUAUUCUAGACAAACCUGCUAUCUCAGAAUCUCAACCCUCUCCUCUUGACCAGGUGGGUUGCCAGUACCUCACCACUGGAAUGCAUGAGAUUUGUAGGAGAAGAAACACAACCUCUCCAUAA